ACAGAUGUUGUCUCCAUUAUGUUACCACACAACUGAGGCAAGAAUAAUUGGAGUCCAGUGGGAUUUGAUCAGUGGAUAUUGAGAGUGAGAAGCACUCACCCCUUUAGCUUCAGGCACCAGAACCAGCGUGAGAACCUGCUAUGGACUUCCCGCUCCAGCUCCUCCUCCUGGCCUCAUCCAUCCCAGCAGGCCUGACCUCAUGGGGCGUCUCCAGUCCCCAGGCUGUGCAGGGCGUAAGGGGUUCCUGCCUCGUCAUCCCCUGCAUCUUCAGCUUCCCUGCCAGCGUGGAGGUGCCCCACGGCAUCACAACCAUCUGGUACUAUGACUACUCGGGCAAUCGGCAGGUAGUGAGCCAUUCCGGGAACCCCCAGCUGGUGGAGGCCCGUUUCCAAGGCCGUGCCCUGCUAGUGGGGCGUGCUGAGCACAAGUUGUGCAGCCUGCUGCUGAGGGACCUGCGAGCCGAGGACUCGGGCUCCUACAACUUCCGCUUUGAGAUCAGUGAGGGCAACCGCUGGUCAGAUGUCACAGGCACAGUGGUCACCGUGACAGAGGAGCCCAGCGUGCCCACCAUUGCCUCACCAGCUGAGCUGCGCGAGGGCAUGGUGGUGGACUUCAACUGCUCCACUCCCUACGCGUGCCUGCAGGAGCCAGUCAAUCUGCAGUGGCAAGGCCAGGACCCCACCCGCUCCAUCACCUCCAACCUCCAGAAGCUUGAGCCCACGGGCAUCAGCCACCUGGAGACCCUCCACAUGGCCCUGUCCUGGCAGGACCAUGGCCGGACCUUGCGCUGCCAGCUCUCGGUGGCCAACCACAGGACUCAGGGCGAGAUUCACCUCCAAGUGCAGUAUGCCCCCAAGGGUGUGAAGAUCCUCCUCAGCCCUUCGGGGCGAAACAUCCUUCCAGGUGAUCUGGUCACACUCACCUGCCAGGUGAAUAACAGCUACCCUCAGGUCAGUUCCGUGCAGUGGGUCAAGGAUGGGACACACCUCAAAGACCAGAGUCGUGUACUACAGCUGCCCCAGGCAGCCUGGGAGGAUGCUGGCAUCUACACCUGUGAAGCUGGGAAUGGCGUGGGCUCUUCGGUCUCACCCCCUGUCAGCCUCCACGUCUUCAUGGCUGAGGUCCAGGUGAGCCCAGCAGGCUCCAUCCUGGAGAACCAGACAGUGACGCUGGCCUGCAACACACCUAAAGAAGCACCCAGUGAGCUGCGCUACAGGUGGUACAAGAACCACGCCCUGAUGGAGGACACUCACAGCCGCAUCCUCCAGCUGCACUCAGCCACCAGGGCUGAUACAGGCUUCUACUUCUGUGAGGUGCAGAAUGCCCAGGGCAGUGAGCGCUCUGGUCUGGUCAGCGUGGUGGUCAGCCACCCACCCCUCGCCCCGGACCUAACUGCCUUCCUGGAGACACAGGCAGGGCUGGUGGGCAUCCUCCAGUGCUCUGUGGUCAGCGAGCCCAUGGCUACUCUGGUGUUGUCACAUGGGGGCCUCAUCCUGGCCUCCACUUCCGGGGAGGGUGACUACAGCCCACGCUUCAGUGUCUCCUCUGCCCCCAACUCCCUGCGCCUGGAGAUUCGAGACCUGGGGCCAACUGACAGUGGGGAGUACACGUGCUCAGCCACCAACUCCCUUGGGAAUGCGUCCUCCGCUCUGGACUUCCAUGUCAAUGCAGCCCGCCUCCUCAUCAGCCCGGCAGCAGAGGUGGCAGAAGGGCAGGCCGUGACACUGAGCUGUAGGAGCAACCUAAGCCCGACACCUGACGUACGCUUCUCCUGGUACCGGAACGGGGCCCUCCUUCUCAAGGGGCCCAGCAGCAGCCUCCUGCUCCCUGCUGCCUCCAGCACUGACGCCGGCUCAUACCACUGUUGGGCCCAGGAUGGCCAUAGCACCAGCGGACCCUCCUCACCUGCUGUCCUCACCGUCCUCUAUGCCCCACGCCAGCCCAUGUUUACCGCCCGGCUGGACCCUGAUACCGCAGGAGCCGGGGCUGGACGGCGAGGCAUCCUCUUGUGCCGUGUGGACAGUGACCCCCCGGCCCAGCUGCGGCUGCUCCACAGGAACUGUGUCGUGGCCUCUUCCCUGCCAUCCGGGGGCAGCUGUAGCACCUGUGGGGGCUGUUCCCAACGCACGAAAGUCACCAGAGCGCCCAAUCUGCUGCGUGUAGAGAUCCAAGACCCGGUGCUGGAGGACGAGGGCAUGUACCUGUGCGAGGCCAGCAGUCUCCUGGGCAAUGCCUCUGCCUCAGCGACCUUCAAUGCCCAGGCCACUGUCUUGGUCAUCACACCAUCGCACACGCUGCAGGAGGGCACUGGAGCCAAUCUGACUUGCACGGUGGGCCGGGAAGCCGGUGGCCCUGCCAACUUCUCCUGGUUCCGGGAUGGGGCACUGUGGGCCCAGGGCCCCCUGGAGACCCUGACGCUGCUGCCCGUGACCAGAAGGGAUGCUGCCCUGUAUGCCUGCCGCAUCCUCACCGAGGCUGGUGCCCAGCUCUCCACCCCUGUGGUCCUGAGUGUGCUCUAUCCCCCAGAUCCUCCAAAGCUGUCAGCUCUCCUGGAUGUGGACCAGGGCCACACGGCUCUGUUCAUCUGUACUGUGGACAGUCGCCCUCUUGCCCAGCUGUCUCUGUUCCAUGGGGAGCACCUCCUGGCCACCAGCCCGGGGCCCCGGCUCUCAUCCCGUGGCCGCCUCCAGGCCAAAGCCACAGCCAACUCCUUGCAGCUAGAGGUCCAAGACUUGAGCCUGGCGGACUCUGGCAGCUACCGCUGCGAGGCCACCAAUGUCCUGGGAUCAGCCAACACUUCCCUCUUCUUCCAGGUCCGAGGAGCCUGGGUCCGGGUGUCACCAUCGCCUGAGCUCCGAGAGGGCCAGGCUGUGGUCCUGAGCUGCCAGGUACCCACAGGGGUCCUGGAGGGGACCUCAUACCGCUGGUAUCGGGAUGGCCAGCCCCUCCAGGAGUCCACCUCAGCCACAGUCCAUUUUGCAGCCAUAACUUUGAGCCAAGCUGGGGCCUACCAUUGCCAAGCCCAGGCUCCAGGUUCAGCCACCACGAACUUGGCUGUCCCCGUCAGCCUCCACGUGUCCUAUGCCCCUCGCGAGGCCACACUCACCCCCCUAAUGGACACAGGCCCUGGGCGACUGGGCCUCCUCCUGUGCCGUGUGAACAGCGACCCUCCAGCCCAGCUACGACUGCUCCACGGGGACCUCCUCGUGGCCUCUACCCUACAAGGUGUCGGGGAGCUUGCAGGCAGCUCUCCCCGGCUACAGGUGGCUGUGGCCCCCAACAUGCUGCGUCUGGAGAUCCACAAUGCAGUGCUGGAGGAUGAGGGCGUUUACACCUGCGAGGCCACCAACGCCCUGGGCCAGGCCUCGGCCUCAGCCACCUUUGAUGCCCAGGCUGUGAGUGUGCAGGCGUGGCCCAAAGCCACCGUACAGGAGGGGCAGCUGGUGAACCUGACCUGCCUUGUAUGGGCUACCCACGUGGCCCAGCUCACCUAUACAUGGUACCAAGACGGGCAGCAGCGCCCAGGUGCUGUCCACUCCAUUACCCUGCCCAACGUCACGGUCAUGGAUGCCGCCUCCUACCGCUGUGGCGUGUUGACCCCUGGCCAGGCACUCCACCUCUCCAGACCUGUCACCCUGGACGUCCUCUAUGCACCCCGCCGCAUGCGCCUGACCUAUCUCCUGGAGAGCCGCGGCGGGCAGCUGGCCCUGGUGCUGUGCACAGUGGACAGCCGCCCACCUGCCCAGCUGGCCCUCAGCCACGCUGGCCGUCUCCUGGUGUCCUCGACCACAGCCUCUGUCCCCAACACCCUGAGGCUGGAGCUGUGGGAGCCCGGGCCCAGUGACGAGGGUCUCUACAGCUGCUCGGCCCGCAGUCCUCUGGGUCAGGCCAACAUGUCCCUGGAGCUGCGGCUAGAGGGUGUGCGGGUGACCCUGGCUCCGUCAGCCACUGUGCCUGAGGGAGCCCCCGUCACAGUGACUUGUGAAGACCCUGCUGCCCGCCCACCCACCCACUAUGCCUGGUACCACAACAGUCGUUGGCUGCAGGACGGGUCAGCUGCCUCGCUCUCAUUCCCGGUGGCUACACGGGCUCACGCGGGCACCUAUACCUGCCAGGUCCAGGAUGCCCAGGGCACACGCAGCUCCCGGCCCACAGCACUGCAUGUCCUCUAUGCCCCUCGGGACGCUGUCCUGUCCUCCUUCUGGGACUCAAGAGCCAGCCCCAUGGCCGUGGUACAGUGCACUGUGGACAGCGAGCCACCUGCUGAGCUGGCCCUGUCCCGCGAUGGCAAGGUGCUGGCCACCAGCCAAGGGGUCCACGGCUUAGCAGUGGGGACGGGCCACAUCCAGGUGGCCCGCAACGCCCUGCGGCUGCGGGUGCAAGAUGUGCCCUCAGGUGACAAGGACACCUACGUCUGCACGGCCCGCAACUUGUUGGGCUCAGUCAGCACCACAGGGCAACUGCAGGCAGAAGGUGUGCAUGUGGUGGCUGAGCCAGGGCUGGAUGUGCCUGAGGGCACAGCGCUGAACCUGAGUUGUCGCCUCCCCGGUGGUGCUGGGCCCAUGGGGAACUCUACCUUUGCUUGGUUCUGGAAUGGCCGGCAACUACACACAGAGCCUGUGCCCACCCUCGCCUUCACUCAUGUGGCCCUCGCCCAAGCUGGGAUGUACCACUGCCGGGCUGAGCUCCCCACUGGGGCCACCACCUCUGCUCCAGUCAUGCUCCGGGUGCUCUACCCUCCCAAGACGCCCACCAUGACAGUUUUUGUGGAGCCCGAGGGUGGCGUUCAGGGCAUUCUGGACUGCCGAGUGGACAGCGAGCCCCUAGCCAGUCUGACCAUCCACCUUGGCAGUCGGCUGGUGGCCUCCAGCCAGCCCCAGAUUGCUCCUGCCAAGCCACACAUCCAUGUCUCAGUCACCCCCAAUGCCUUGAGGGUGGACAUCGAGGAGCUGAGGCCCGGUGACCAGGGGGAAUAUGUGUGCUCUGCCUCCAAUGCCCUGGGCUCUGCCUCUGCUGCCACCUACUUUGGAACCAGAGCCCUGCACCGCCUACAUCUGUUCCAGCAGCUACUCUGGGUCCUGGGGCUGCUGGCGGGCCUCCUCUUCCUACUGUUGGGCCUGGGGGCCUGCUACGCCUGGAGAAGGAGGCAUUUUCAUAAGCUGAGAGUGUGUGAAAAUUCGGUGGAGAUGGCUUCUCAGAAGGAAACCACACAGCUCAUUGAUCCUGAUGCAGCCACAUUUGUGACCUUGUCCUGUGCUCUGCCCCUGAGCUGACCUGUAGCAUUUCCUGCCUUCAGGGGGAGGAGGUUACCGGAAUCUGUGAUGACUCGGGCCCUGUGAACAAGGCAGCGUUGGGUCC